AUGGCGACGUGGAUGGGAUCCGGCCAAUCCCGGCUGGCGAGGUUCCUUUGGAGCCUUCCAGUCGCGCAUCCCAACAUCCAGGAAUUGAAUCAAAGCGAGGCUGUGCUGAGGGCAAGAGCUAUCGUCGCUUUCCACUCGGGACAUUACAGAGAGUUGUACGCCAUACUGGAGAGGCACAAGUUCACCAAGGACUCCCAUGGUAAACUCCAAGCGAUGUGGCUGGAGGCGCAUUACCAGGAAGCAGAGAAGCUUCGAGGAAGGCCCCUAGGCCCAGUGGAUAAGUACAGGGUUAGAAAGAAAUUUCCAUUACCGAGGACGAUCUGGGAUGGGGAACAAAAGACUCAUUGCUUCAAGGAGAGAACCAGAUCGUUGUUGAGAGAGUGGUACCUCCAGGAUCCGUAUCCGAAUCCCGGGAAGAAGAGGGAACUCGCCGCGGCGACGGGCCUCACGCCGACGCAGGUUGGUAAUUGGUUCAAGAACAGGAGGCAAAGGGAUCGUGCUGCUGCAGCAAAAAAUAGAAUGCAACAGCAAUCUGGGACAGGAAACGGGAAUACGCGACGCGCGUUGAGUCCAGGGCCGGGUGGCAGCGAUUCGGAGGACUCGGAUAUCUCGCUCGGCGGCACAUCGCCCGCGUCGCCGAGUUCCUCACCUCCGCCAACUCAUCAACCAUCUCCUGUUCCUCUCGGGCCCCUUGGUCCCCUGCCUCCGCCAUCCUUAAAUUUCCGUUUCGAUCCUUCGCAAUCGCAGUUUCGAUUCAACCACGCGACGGCCUUCAAAUUCCCGCCGACGGGCUUCCGGUUUGGACCGCACAGCCCGCAACACAAUCAUCCCAACAUCUCGGGCGGUGGAAUCUUCAGGCUGACGGAAACGAGCCCGUUCCAAGCUGUGGGGCCCAGGGGUGAUCUCGGUUCCAGAUUACCCGAUCCUCUGGGUCUACCACCCCCGAGGUUGCAUCCGCACGAGGGCCUGCUCCACCAUCCCCACGUACACUCGCGUCUGUCGGACAGCCUGUCGGAAGCGCACAGCCCGCCAUUAAUGGCCACGAACCUGUCCGUGACGGGCCCUCUAAGGGUUGCGGUGCCCAGCCCUCACACGCCCUCCUCGCGAGGCAGCCCACCGCAAACGGCCAACAGUCAACAGACACCUCAGGGUCAGUCUCAAGGCCAGGGAUUGAUAAGGGUCGCAACGCCUCCCCCGCCGAACCCGAAACCGCCCCAGAUCCACAGACCGUUCUCGCCCGCGUGAUACGACACUAAGGACGACGAGCCGGAACACGCGAUUUCGAGGGAAACGGGGGAGGACGAUCAUCGACGGGCCGUCGGUGUGUCGGGGAAACCGGUGACGAUGGCCACCAGUGACGAGCAUCAGUUUUUCGAGAAACGGUUCGAGGUUUUGUGAAAAA